GUACAGUUGCUUGAAAUGUGGCCGCUCAGGCGAGGCCAGAGAUGCAAACUAUAGGUAUCGGCUCUCACUCGAAGUCGCUGACGCUCACAGGGUGUUCCUGGUAACUGUCUUUGGCAGCUGCUUGGAAGCUUUCUUUGGAGUCACAGCAGAGAGUCUGCAGAGCCAGCUGUCCCGUAGUGGCAAAGAGUAUCAACCGAAGGCCUCUUUCAGGACUUUGUCUACUCAAGGAAGGGACGAGUGGGAGCGUCUGUCCGACCAUCAUCGGCUCCUCUUACCUUGGCUCUCUCCAGUUGGAAUUCAGCCUUCUGGUUUAAAGGGAAGUUGCCCGUCACCCAAGGAAGGGGUUGACCGAGAUGUCACUGGUCACGAGAAUCACUGUGCCCCUGCCUCUCUAAAGGCUGCCAGGAGCUGCCUCAACAGUCCUGCCCGCUUAGAUCGUAAGCGUGAGGACAAUGCAGCUGGCUGGAGAAAGGAAGAAAGGUCUCACUGUGAGCCAAAACAAGGAGUAUGUGAAAGACUGGACAACGUUUGUGAAGGGCCGCCACUCCCAGAAACGCACGGAAAUCACUGUAAAGAGGGUGAGAUCAGCAAUUCGCCACGGGACUCUUCCAUCUGUCCCCAGGGGAGUUACAACGCCUCAGCCGAUCUCUUUGAUGCUAGCGCCGCAGGGGCAGAAGUAGUCACAGGGACAUUAAGCACGGGCCAGGCCUUCUCAUCGCCGGGGGGCGCGUCGACCGCAAAGUCCACAGCCUCCGGAGGCCAGCCAACAAGCGCCCCGGUUGCCGGUUCGGCACUCGAGUUGGAAUGCAGCCCUUCGAGCUCGCAAGACUUUGUGCCGUCUUCCCAGUCCACUCCUCGUGUGCGACCGUGUCAACAGGCAAGGCUCCCUCAGGGGAAGGAAUCUGUUCUCAGCCAAUGGCCACCGAAGGAGUUGCCUUGGAUCGAUGCCAAAUGGAAGAGACCCAGGCCUGCCUUCAAAGGCCCCUUGGCAAAACAGCUCGUCAGCAGGUUCCUGAAGUCCACAAGGUCAAGCGACGUGAGCUCUGCCGCUAGGGAUACGUCAGCGACUCGGGGUUUGUUUAUCAACAGUAGCCCAGCCCAGGAGCUGUCUGAAAGCGAUGGCGCGGAAUGGAUUCCUCCGUCUGAAAAAAAAUGGAGGCAGCCACUUCCUUUCCAGAAUCAGAAAACGUUUGGGUUGAGGAGGAGCUGGGAUAUCACAGAAAAGACUCCUUUUUCGGACAGGCAAACAAGAUGGGAGAUUCGAAGAGGUACCACUGGGUUGGCAAGAACAGAGUUCUCUCCUAAAAGCCAGCAGCCGACAGAGGCUAAUGAAGAUGUGGCUGAUCCCGAGCAGGUAACAGUGGCAACCCCUGGAUUCUGCAGGUCAAACCUGUCUUCCGCAACUUGUUCCACACCUAACACAGUGAACUGGUCUCCUGAACUGUUUGGCGACAACAGCCAGCUCCCUCAUCACGGAAGCCACUCUGUGGAACCCCCUCCCUCAAACGUAAGUUUCCUUCUGAAGCGUGCCCUUUUCAGGCCCAGCUGGAGCCAUUUUUGAUAGGUCCAAAGCAAUUGUGUGGUGGGAAAAGACUACUUUAAAAAAAAAAACAACACA